AUGCAUAGGUAUUUGGCUAGUUUUGAUAGCAUGUCAAGUAUUAUGUAUGCUUUCCGAAUAGGAGAAUCAACAGUGUCAAUUAUUGUUAGAGAAUGUUGCUUAUCAAUAUGGGAAGUCUUGAAAAUAAAAGUUUUAUUUACCCCAAGUACACAAGGUUGGAUACAAAUAGCAAAUGAAUUUCAUAAUAAUUGGAACAUGCCUAAUUGUAUAGACGCUAUGGAUGGAGAACAUUUUGUACACCAGGCAUUUGCAAAUACUGGGUCCGUGUACAUCAACUAUAAAGGUUCUCAUAGUAUAGUGCUUCUUGCUGUUUGUGAUGCCGAUUACAACUAUUUAUUAGUUGACAUUGGUGCAACCGGUCGUAAUAGUGAUGGAGGUGUAUUUAGGCAAAGUACUUUGGGUAAAAAAAAUAUUAAUAAUGAUAUUAAAUUUCCAAACCCUACGCCAAUCGAUACCGCAGUUGUACCAAUACCUUACUAUUUAGUGGCAGAUGAAGCCUUUAUGUUACUGCAAAAUGUUAUGCGACCUUAUCCUGGCCGAGCUAAAGGAAAUUUACCAGUCGACAAAGCAAUUUUUAUCUAUAGAUUAAGCCGGGAUUGCAGAUGUAUUGAGAACACAUUUGGUAUUAUGGCUGCCAAAUGGCGAAUCUUUCCUCAUCCAAUCGUCGCAGGAGAAAAAACAGUAGUUGCUAUAGUACAAGCAAUAGUUGUACUACACAAUUAUAUUAAAAAAUAUGAGAAAAACCAAGGCAUUUUUAUGUACUGUCCUCCACCACAAAAUUACCAUAAUAUUCCUAGAACUUUUGAAAUCAAUGGAGCAUUGGAGCCAUUUGGUCCUGUAGGAUCUAACCAUUAUGGGAUUGAUGCCAAAGAAGUCAGGGGAAAAUUAAAGUUUCAUCUUAUGAAUGAAGGCAAUGUGGAAUAUGAUAGAAUAUAA